CAAUAAUUCAAUGGGCUGCAUUCGUUCACCCCGAACCGUUGCAUAGGCUACAUUUCACCCCUAGAGAACCCAUUGCUACGUUGCUACACUACGAACCCCUUUCUGGUGCUUUGCAGGCCUGCAGGUGACAGCAUAUCACAGUCCUCGAGGCAGGCGGGUUGAAGCAAGCAUCACUGCCAUAAGUUAGGUGUGUGUAGUUCGUUGUCCCGUUUCUUGGCAAUUGCCUGGCAUCGGUACCGGGGUCAAGACCCAAGCGAAGAAACUACAAGAGUAUCCCAAUCAACUCUUGUGCAUCCCGCUGACAUUAUAACAUUAUUGUUGCCUCGCUAGUAGCUAGCUAGGUAGCUACUGUAGAUUGCUUGCCAGCUGGCCUCAGGGGCAGCACGACAGACAGUCUGUCUGUCUCAGGAGACAGAGUAGCUGACAGAGUACUUAUUGCUCCUUUUGGCUCGCCUAGCUAGCUCACCGCCCCAUCAAGCUCCCCAUCAUCAUUAGUCUACUAGCUACUAGACUCGCCAGUAGAUUACAGUACUCCGCCCGGUACCGGUAUCACCAUCUGCGUCCUCCACCGUCUGAGCAGACAUCCGCUUGCCGCAGCCAAACUGUGUGUAAAAAGUGGACUCAAAAAAGGCUCCCGUUCUGCGGUACUGGCGCUACGACUAGCCAGGAAUGGAAAGGAGAAGCCAAUCAACCAGUCCAACAAAACGGGUCACUUCUCCUCUUGUAAGAGAACAAUGGAUUUAACAAUCAAACGCAACUUGGUCAAGCUUCCCAGCGAAUUAAUGUCUUUGUUGGUUCGAAAGUGUUCCUGUGACGGUGUCUCUGGUUCAAUGAGCUUUCAACAGGGUGUUAAUGAUGAAUAACAGUACAGCUAUUAUUUCACCGAAGAAAAAUGGGGACAACAGUAUGACACGUACUGUACAUGGUAGCUGGUGGUAAAACAGCUGUGGCAACCAUUCAUCGACCAUCACUAUUCCCGUUUUGGGGCUUCCCCAGAGAAAAGACUUCAGGACCCAGUGGCGAUCACAACAAUCGUCCCAUAAAUUUACUUUCAACAUUCACCUCAACACAAAACCUAACAACUACGCUACUCACUACUAGAAUAACACCAUGACAGCCGAAGUUGGUACUAUCAAUACCCCUGCCAAUGGCGCUCUGCCAGGCUUGGCGAGGAAUAAUUCGAUCGAUCCCAGCACUCUGGGUCGACCGGCCCGUCGCAUGCGGGCAGGGAAACGGCAAGGUGUACUGAACGACUCGGGGCUCACGGCAGGUUCCACCGGCACGGACAGUGCCUCCAGUUUUGGUUCCAAGUGGGAGAGUGUCAAGUUUAGUGCCAAUAACUUUGUGACGGCCAAAACGGGUAUCCUCGAAGAUUUCUACGAUCUGGGUGACUUGUUGGGAGAAGGAGGCUUUGGCGAAGUCUAUGCCUGUACCCACCUCGAAACUGGAGAAGAACGAGCCGUCAAGAUUAUGGAAAAGUCACAAAGCAAGCCAUCAGUCAACGAAGCCAUUGUCCAGGAAUACAAUAUCCUCAAGGAUUUGGAUCAUCCAAAUAUUCUCAAGGUCUACGAAAUGUACGAGACCAAGAACUACUUUUUCAUUGUCACAGAUUUGUAUUCCGGCGGAGACUUGUUUUCGGAACUGGAAGACAAUGGAUGUCUGGGUGAAGUAGAGGCGUCGACACUCAUGAAUGCCAUGCUCAGUUGCAUGAACUACUGCCACAAACGCAAUCUGGUACACUUGGAUCUCAAACCCGAAAAUGUCCUGAUUGCCCGAGCCGACAAACCAAACUUUAGCGACGUGAAAAUCAUCGAUUUUGGACUGGCGCAGUUCCAGGAAGACAAGAACAAGAAAAUGACUGGACUCGAGGGAAGUUCCUACUACAUGUCACCGCAAGUCGUUGGUCGAUCUUACGACGGAUGCAAAGCCGAUGUUUGGUCUUGUGGUGUCAUGGUACACGUCUUGAUGACAGGAUAUGCCCCCUUUGAUGGGCCAGCGUACAACGAUAUCCUCAAGGCCAUUACCAAAGGAACGUUCGACUUUGAGGAUCCAGAAUGGGACGGUGUUUCGGACGAAUGCUUGAGUUUCAUUCGAUUCUGUUUGACAUACGAUGAAGAGGAGAGGCCAUCGGCAGAACAGGCAUUGCAACAUCCCUUUCUUCGAAAAACUCGCAAUCGUACUAGCAUGUGCGAUAUCAAGAGUCGUUUGAGUGCUAGACGAUCCCUCAAGCAUCUGGGACAAUUCUGCACCCGACAUUCCAAGCUCAAGCAGGCUUCUUGUGCCAUCAUGGCAUCGCAAUUGCUCAGUCAGGAAGAAAAGGACCAAAUCGAUAGCGUGUUUCGUAGUCUGGAUGCAGGUUGCGAUGGGCAGUUGUGUAAGGAUGAUCUGAGACGGAGCUACAAGGAGUUUUAUGACACGGAAGUUCCCGACAAGGAAGUCGACGCAAUCUUUGAACAAGUCAACUUCUCGGCCACAGGCACCAUCUCGUACUCCGAAUUUGCCAUUGCCACCAUGAUGGCUCAGGGCAAGGUCGAUGAGGACAAGCUGUGGGCGGCUUUCAACGUUUUUGAUGAAGAUGACAAAGGAUUCAUCUCGGCCGAUGAUAUCAAGCGGGUGCUCCAGCUUGGUGAUGAGCAGGAUGCCUAUCUCAAGAAGAAAAUCUUGCGGCAGGUUGACGCAGAUCAGACCGGGAAAAUAGACUUUGAGGCGUUCAAAAAGAUUAUGCGCUCCAAUUCGUCGCUCAUGAGGCUGAGAAGGAAGAACAGUGUGAAGCGAAGUCCUCGCACUCGGCGUAUGCAUGCGUCCGUAGACAUGAAGGAGGUCCUUGGCGCUUCCCUUCUUGAUGCUUCACUCAUGGAUAAUUCGCGCCACGAUCAAUCGGAUGUCAUGGCCCCUCCACCCUCACCUUAUGGAAGUCAUCAUCAGCGGCGGCUGCCAAACCCUGAUAUUAUUUUGCAGGGCCUCGAGGAGCUCGACGAAGACAAUUCCUCAAAAAGAGAAGACGAAGCGAGAAGGCGGAACAGCGAAUCAACCCUUGAAGAAGACAUGUAAGGCAAUCUGUUUCGAAAAGAUCCUAUUGAUAGAUGUAAACUUGUGUGUAAACGAAACCUAG